ACCGGGCCGCCCCACCCUCCCCGGCGCAGCACGGCGGGACCGGAAGUGCGCGCGGCGCUUCCGGCGUGGCCGCGCGUGCCCGCCCCUCCCGCCCGCCGCUGCCAAGAUGGCGGCCCCCGUGUCGCUGCAGGUGGAGUUCGGAGGUGGUGCAGAACUCUUAUUCGAUGGUGUCAAAAAGCAUCAGGUGACUUUGCCCUGUCAACCAGAGCCUUGGGAUAUCAGAAACCUGCUCAAGUGGAUCAAACAGAAUCUGUUGAAAGAGCGACCAGAGUUAUUUAUACAAGGGGAAUCUGUGAGGCCAGGAAUUUUGGUGCUCAUCAACGAGGCAGACUGGGAACUAAUGGGUGAGCUGGAUUAUAAACUCCAGGACCAGGAUAAUGUUCUUUUCAUCUCAACAUUGCACGGCGGGUGAACUCCUGAAAAAACAAGAGGAUGUAAAUCCAAAUCCCUGGGAAAAAAAAAACCAAACAAAAACCUUAACCCACCCAAACCUCUCUUGAACUGCCUGUGUCCAGUCUCUGCAUCUUCCCACUGCAUUCACUUGUUCUAGACAUCCAAAUAAAGCCCCGCCAGCCUGCGGCCUUCUGUCCACCACAACAGCAUCCGUCUUUGGUCCUCAUUUCACCUCUCCUGGCUGCACUUCCAGGUACCCUAACAAGCAGAGAGCACCUCAGCAUGUGGGACUUUGUUUUUUUCUCACAGGAGGAAGAGGGGUGCUGAACCCUGAAUAGGAUAACAUGUCUUAACAUGCAGUGAGGUGUUCUGGUGCUGGGAACCAGGAUUCAUUUAACACAAUGCUUAACGUUGAUACAGUCUCUGCACCAGCCAUGGGAAGGGUGGGAAAGUGCAAGGAAACAAAAGGUGGCUUGACUAGCUUUUCCAUGGGGUAGCAAAUGUGACAGCUCCAAAGCCCUCAGAAGUGACUUUCAGCUUUUCAUGAUAUUUAUUUAUGGGAAGCAGGAGAGAAAUGGGCUUUUUUGGUUUUGUAUUUCUGAUCCCUCAUGCUUUCAUACCAGAGCUGAGGCAGGUUGAAGUACUGGCCCAUGAAUAUUGUCAAUUUAUAAUGAUUUGGAUGGAGGGAAAACAAACCCUCACCCGGCCUGAGACAGCACAGAGUGAUCAGGGCAGCAAAUGAUCUUUCUGUCACCAUGAUAGACAGAAUUGAUCAGGCUGCACUGCAUUCUGUGCAGGUGGGAGCUGCAGUCUGGCUGGAGAAGGGCUGGGGCUGGAGAUGCACAGUUAAAGUGCCAAGACCUGAGAAAGCCAGUGGCUUUUAACCCUUUGUGUCAGUGGGAGGAAAAGGCUUCUUGCUGUGUACCCUGAGGAAGUCCUGUGAGCACUGUGGAAGUGGGUGUGUGUGGUUCUGCUAGGGCACGGGUGUUGUUGGCUUUCCAGAGGUUUCCUUGGAUAGACAAACUGACCCCUGCCAGCCAGGAGGCUACGGUGAGAGCAGAGGGAUGGGCUCAGAGAGGAUAGCAUUGGCACCAACAGGUCUGAAACAUGCUGCAUGAGCUUCCAGGAGUGCCUGACCAGGAUUGUCCUCCUGCGCUCCCCCCGCCCUGCUCACCUGUUUCGGCACGGCUCCAGCAGCAUGCAGAGGUCCCCGGCAGCAGCUCCUGCCUGAGCUGCGGCUGGCGUGGAGCAGAGGGCUCGCCGGUGCUCAGUCGGUGCCUCUCAGAGCUGAUCUGCACCAUGUCCUGCUCUAAGAGCCCUCGAUCUUCAGGAGCUGCUGAGGAGGUGGGGAGCAGCCAGUGCACCAGCCCUGCUCAGGCAGCCUGGCCCAACACCCAAGUGCUGCGCCUGACCGAGGAAUUCCUCUGUCUGAUGCGGAGAGUGAUUCCCUCAGCUGACUUCUCCACUGACUCCUCUCUCACGUCUACCCCUCCACAACCUGCAUAACCGAAAGCACCCACAGCCUGCAAUGCUUCUGCAUCUGAAGAACCCCAACUUCAACCCGCUUCUGGUGACAAAUGAAUAUUCAGCCUUUUCCAAAUCCAGCCACAGCAACUUGAGUCCAGCUCACGCCAUUUGUAAAUGACACAGACAGGCCAAAGGCUCUUCUCUGUCCCAAGUUCCUGGCCCUUAGCUUAGCUGGGCUGGGACAGUGGAAGGGGAUUCCAGGUGAUGGUAGGAGCUGGCCGAAAAACAAGGAACCUCUGUGGCGUGCGGCUUGUAACGGACUGAAACACAAUGGGAAAAAGCAGGUUCAUCUUCAGCACUGCUGCCUGCCCUUCCUCUACCCUGCCUCUGUGCCUUAGGCUUGGCUUGUCUGUUCUCAUCCCCCCAGCUGUUUGCUCAGAUAAGAUGGGUUCCUUCCCCAGGAGCUGUUAUUCCCCUCGAUAGUGCAGGUAGACCCAGGUGGCUUAGCUCCUGCUGUAGUAAAAGCUGUCAAUCACUGCUAAAAAAAGCUAGAAACGGGAAGAUUAAGGAAGCCGGGGCGGGGUGGAGAAGAGGGGUACAGUAAAAUCCUGUAACAACAACAGUAACAAAAAGUUUCUGAAAUAAAAGCUUUUUAAAACAU